CUUCCCGUUUGCCAACCAUAACACCGCGACUAAGCGCCCGCAUCAACCGAAGCUUCUUCUGCUCUACAUCAGUGCAGAGAUUUGCUUCUGCGCAUCGUCGCCUGGACAAAUACACACCUGAUCGCAUACCUGACGCUGCUUGGCCUUAUCUGUAUAAACCUUUCGACAAGAUGGCAAACCUCGACGAGUACUUUAAGCAGGUGGAUGGCUUGCAGGAUAAGUUCAUCGAUAGGCUGAAGGAGGCUGUGGCGAUUCCGAGUAUCAGCUCUGAGGAUGGGAAGAGGCCGGAUGUCAUUAAGAUGGGUCACUGGCUCGCAGACCAGAUCAAAGCGCUCGGUGGCACCGUCGAGCUUCGCGAACUCGGAAAGCAGCCUGAUCGCCAGCACCUCGAGCUCCCCCCAUGCCUUCUCGGACGCUACGGAGACGACCCCAAGAAGCCCAACGUUCUCAUCUACGGCCACUACGACGUACAGCCUGCACAGAAGUCGGACGGCUGGGCGACAGAUCCAUUCACACUCACUAUCGACGACAAGGGCCGCAUGUACGGACGUGGUAGCACAGACGACAAGGGCCCGGUUCUUGGGUGGCUAAACGCCAUCGAGGCGCACCAGAAGGCUGGUAUUGAGCUCCCGGUCAACCUCAUCAUGUGCUUUGAGGGUAUGGAGGAAAACGGAUCAGAGGGACUGGACGACACAAUUCGCGCCGAGGCAAAGAAGUUCUUCAAAGACACUGAUGUUGUUUGCAUCUCCGAUAACUACUGGUUGGGCACAGAGAAGCCUUGCCUGACAUACGGUGUCCGUGGCUGCAACUACUACCAAGUUGAGGUGUCUGGCCCUGGUCAGGAUCUGCACUCUGGUGUCUACGGUGGCAUGACCCACGAGCCCAUGACCGACUUGGUCCGCAUCAUGAACUCAUUCGUUGACCCUGACGGCAAGAUCCUGAUCAAGGGCAUUGAUGACAUGGUCGCCCCGCUCACCGACGAGGAAGCAGCUCUGUACCCCCCAAUCGCGUUCACGAUGGACGACCUCAAGGAGUCGCUUGGUGGCGAGGUCUCGAUCCACAGCACAAAAGAGGAGGCGCUCAAGCACAAGAUGAGGUACCCCUCCCUCUCACUGCACGGCAUCGAGGGCGCUUUCUACUCUGAAGGAGCCAAGACGGUCAUCCCCGCAAAGGUCAUCGGCAAGUUCUCCAUCCGCACAGUACCCAACAUGGAGAUCGACCCUGUCACCGAGCUUGUUGAGAAGCACGUCAACGCCGAGUUCGCGAAGCUCAAGUCAAAGAACAAGAUGAAGGUCAGCGCCGUUCACUGCGGAAAGUGGUGGGUCGAGGACCCGAACCACCCCAACUACACUGCGGCUGCGAAGGCCGUGGAGAAGGUCUUUGGCGUCAAGCCAGAUAUGACCAGGGAGGGUGGUAGCAUCCCAGUUACACUGACCUUCCAGGAAGAGCUUAAGAAGAAUGUGCUGUUGUUGCCGAUGGGAAGCUCGACGGAUGCCGCUCACUCGAUCAACGAGAAGCUAGACAAGAGGAACUACAUCGAGGGCACGAAGCUGCUGGGCGCAUACCUGCAUUAUGUUGCCCAGGAGUUGAAGCGCGAUUAGAGGUGAUUUCCGGUGCUCUAAGCAACGGCAUUGACGAAUACUCAAUUUCGACAUGAUCAGA